UCUGACCGGUUUGGGCCGUCCCACUUGCUACUCUGGAGGAGCUGCUGCCGGUGGUGGCUGUGUCCGGGAGGGCACGGACGGUCUGGGCGCCGUCGGGGCCCGCACUGCAGUGAUGGGGAAGGAUUCGCAGCAUUACUACGGGAAGCAUGGGACGCCUCAGAAAUACGACCCCACCUUCAAAGGACCCAUUUACAACAGGGGCUGCACAGAUGUCAUUUGCUGUGUGUUGCUCUUCCUGGCCAUCGUAGGCUAUGUGGCUGUGGGCAUCGUAGCCUGGACCCAUGGAGACCCUCGGAAGGUGAUCUACCCUACUGAUAGCCGGGGCGAGUUCUGUGGACAGAAGGGAACAAAAAAUGCGAACAAGCCCUUCUUGUUUUACUUCAACAUCGUCAAGUGUGCCAGCCCCCUGGUCCUGCUGGAAUUUCAGUGUCCCACCCCUCAGAUCUGUGUAAAGCAGUGCCCGGAUCGCUAUCUCACCUUCCUGAAAGCACGCACCUCUCCAGACUUUGACUACUACAAGCAGUUCUGUGUGCCUGGCUUCCAGAACAAUAAAGGGCUGGCUGAGGCGCUCCGCGAUGGGGACUGUCCAGCAGUUAUCACCCCCAGCAAACCUUUGGCCCAGCGGUGCUUCCCGGCCAUCCACGCCAACAAAGGGGUCCUCAUGGUGGGCAAUGAGACAACCUAUGAGGAUGGAAAUGGCACCAGGAAGAACAUCACAGAGCUAGUGGAGGGCGCCAAGAGGGCCAACAUGGUUCUAGAGGCCCGGCAGCUGGCCAUGCAGAUAUUUGAAGAUUACACUGUAUCCUGGUACUGGAUUGUAAUAGGUUUGGUCAUUGCCAUGGUGCUGAGUCUCCUGUUCAUCAUCCUGCUACGGUUCCUGGCAGGCAUUAUGGUCUGGGUGAUGAUUGUCAUGGUGAUCCUGGUACUUGGCUAUGGAAUCUUUCACUGCUAUAUGGAGUACUCAAGACUCAGGGGAGAGGCGGGCUCGGACAUCUCCUUGGUGGACCUUGGCUUCCAGACGGACCUCCGAGUGUACCUGCACUUGCGGCAGACCUGGAUGGCUUUCAUGAUCAUUUUAAGCAUCCUGGAGGUGGUUAUCAUCCUGUUACUCAUCUUUCUUCGCAAGAGGAUAUUGAUCGCCAUAGCUCUCAUCAAAGAAGCCAGCAGGGCUGUGGGACACGUCAUGUGCUCCAUGCUCUACCCACUGGUGACUUUCUUCCUCUUGUGUCUCUGCAUUGCCUACUGGGCCAGCACCGCUGUCUUCCUGUCUACCUCUAACGUAGCUGUGUACAAGAUUUUCGAUGACACAUCUUGCCCGCUUUUGGGGCAAACCUGCAACCCAGAGACCUUCCCCUCAGCGAAUGAAAGCCGCCAGUGUCCCAGUGGCCGCUGCCAGUUUGCCUUCUAUGGUGGCGAGUCUGCCUACCACCGUGCCCUGCUGGGCCUGCAGAUCUUCAAUGCAUUCAUGUUCUUCUGGCUGGCCAACUUCGUGCUGGCGCUGGGCCAGGUGACCUUGGCCGGAGCCUUUGCCUCCUAUUACUGGGCUCUGCGUAAGCCGGAUGACAUGCCUGCCUUUCCCCUCUUCUCUGCUUUUGGCAGAGCGCUCAGGUACCACACGGGCUCCUUGGCCUUCGGCUCGCUUAUCCUGGCCAUCGUGCAGAUCAUCCGAGUGAUGCUGGAGUACCUGGACCAGCGCCUGAAAGCUGCACAGAACAAGUUUGCCAAGUUCCUCAUGGUCUGUCUCAAGUGCUGCUUCUGGUGCCUAGAGAAGUUUAUCAAGUUCCUGAAUAGGAAUGCGUAUAUCAUGAUUGCUAUCUACGGCACCAACUUCUGCACCUCAGCCAGAAACGCCUUCUUCCUGCUUAUGAGAAAUAUCAUCAGGGUGGCCGUCCUGGACAAAGUUACUGACUUCCUCUUCCUGUUGGGCAAACUUCUGAUUGUGGGUAGUGUGGGCAUCCUAGCCUUCUUCUUCUUCACCCAUCGGAUCAGAAUCGUGCAAGAUACAGCCCCGCCUCUCAAUUAUUACUGGGUCCCGAUACUGACAGUGAUCAUUGGCUCCUAUAUGAUUGCACAUGGCUUCUUCAGCGUCUACGGCAUGUGUGUGGACACAUUGUUCCUCUGUUUCUUGGAGGAUCUGGAGAGAAAUGACGGUUCAGCUGAGAGGCCUUACUUCAUGUCUUCCACCCUCAAGAAACUCUUGAAUAAAAGCAACAAGAAGGUAGCAGAAUCCUAAAGACAUCUGCCUCCUGGCCCUCUCAGGAAGCUGUGAUCGGUGCUUGGGUCAGAUUCCCCAGCUCAUCGGGCUUGCCUAAAGUCACAUCACUGCCUCUCUGCUACCCUCCCUGAAUUCCCAUUUCCAGGGACCUAGAGGAUUUGGGGCAUUUUUUCCUAUACCCAAGGGCAGUGAAGCCCUGGGAGAUGGGACAGAAUGGGUGCCUCCAAUUCUCACUGGCUCAGAUGGUGCCAAUAUGGUGAAGUGACUUGAAGUCGAGGGCGGGAGAUGGCCCGAGGAUGUCUGCAGCAAGCUUCUUUGUACUUCCUGUGCCCUUCCAGCCAGAGGGAAAGAAUGGAUGAAAGAGCCUCUGUAGGUGGGCUCAAUGAACCCCAGAUCCAAGCUUCCCCUACCUGCUCCUGCUGGGACAGAAUUGGAUCUCUAUGACUGAUUCAGCCCAAGGGCUGACAAAUGCUUUUCUCAUUCUUACUACGUUUUAAUGUAGACACACAGUAAGGGGUCUAUCUGCUUUUAUUCCAUCAGGCUCCACAGCUGGUUGGAGCCACCGAGUGCCUUCAUUUGUAACCCCACCUCUAGCCUGGAGGUGGCUGGGGUCACAGGAAGGAAGAGUGUGCACCCAGAACUGAAGGACUCUUCCUGAUAAAGAGACUGUGGGGGAGGGGGGCUGAUGCAAGGAGCGAGAGUGGUGGUUGGAGGUGGGGAGCAGGCCUCUGUGUGAGCCUCCGGAGUGGCCUCCUGAUGGCUUCUUAAUGGAAAACUUGAGGCUCCCUGUUCACGCUGGAAAAUGAAUGAGGACAGGGCUGCUGCCCCACCCCUUUCUCUGCCAGGAAUCCACACUCAGUCUUUGUAAGAGGAAAGAAACUUGAGUUCACCCAAGGGAUGGCUUCCGGGGAUGAGGUGGGUGUGUUCUGUGUUCCGAGCUAACUAGGCCUACCUUGUUCUUUCACCUGACACUAGAAUCUUUUUGCCAAACUUCUUGAACUUGGGAGCCAUUUGACUGACCCUCCACUUUGUCUUUGCCCAGACCCUCCCUCACCCCUACUUUGCCUAUCAGUAAGAUACCAGGAUCGUGGAAGCAGUUUCCUGUGCCUGCCUGUGUGUGCCAUCACUGGCCCUUCCUCCUGUACGCCCAGCCCUGUGCUUACAUAAUUGCAUUCCAACCAUUUAAUAAAGUGCCUCUUGUAUAGAUCCUGA